UCGGCGUAUAAGAAAUCACUCUAGUCCAAUUCCAGACACGGGAAUUUUUUUGGAAAGAGAUUUAAGUGACCAAGAGGAAAUGGUACAACGUUCAGACUCAGAAAAGGAAGAUUCUAAUAUGGGCAGCUCUGAUACGACAGCACUCUCAAAUUUAAAGAGUGAAAUUUCAAACCAUGACUCUGAUGUAAAUUCAAAACGAAAAGGAAGUGCUUCCAGCUUUUUUUCGUCUCCAUCCUCAUCUAGUGAAGCUGAGUAUGAAGGCAACGAAUGUGAUGAAAAGGAAGGAACGAGUGAAAACGAUCUUCAAGACGAACAUAAUCAAAAAAAUCGGCAUCAACGGAAAAAAAAGAUUAAGAAAAGAAGCCGAGGGGUUUUAAGAGAUAAUGAAAGUGUUGACCUAAGAAACAUGUUUUCAGACUCUGAUGAGUACAGGAAAAACGACAUAACGAAACGCACAAAAAAAAGUAAUAUUUAUUCCGAUACCGAUGAAGAUAAUGAAGAUACUAAAUUGAAAAAUUUGUUUCCUGCGUUACAAGAAAACAAAAUGUCAUCUAUUCCUUCUGAUCUCGAAGAUAUAAGUAAAGAUAGUUGCUGCGAAUUGCGCGAAAUCGAGAUAGAUCCCGCGUUUGAAUCAGAGCAACAAAGUACGCCAAAAAUAAAUGAAGAGUUUCGUCGCUCUCUUACACCUGUACCGCCACCGGGCUACAAUGAAGAGGCCAUUCAAAAGAUAGAUGAUUGUGAACGAAAGUCAGUUUUUGACUAUAAUAGAAUUUACAGCGAUUCUGAAGAAGAGCGAGAGUACCAGGAAAAAAGAAGAAGGAAUACUGAAUACAUGGCCCAAAUUGAAAGAGAAUUUUUAGAGGAACAAGAGAAAAAGUUUGAAAUUGUUUUGGAUGAAAACUUGCCAUUGUCUAAUCCUAUAUCAAACAGCAGAAAGUCCCCAAUUUAUAUGAAUGAAGAUAAAUCUACCUUGCAAGCUAAUUUAGGCUUCAGAAGUUUAAAUUAUAAUAUAAAUAUAGAACCUGAUAAGGACAACGAAUCAGACGCCAAGAAAGAUGGUGAAGUAGUUUUAAAUGGUUGUUACCAAAUGUGCAAAAAUUCAAAGAACGAAACCAAAAUAUCUCAAUCACCAGCAUCUUCGGACGGUGGCUCCAGCCAAGCAUCGCAGGCCAGCCAGGUUGCGCUGGAACAUUGCUAUUCGUUACCGCCCCACGCUCAGACAGUUCCCUUUGGCGGUAUUCCAUCUGGAACAUUAAAGGAUAGUAACUCUAUGUUGGAACGAAAAUCGGCUAACAUUAUAAUUGUUGAUCAAAUGACUAGGUCAGGUCCAGGCAGACCUCGAAAGGAUACUAUUCGCUCUCAAAGAAAAAAAAAAGAUUCAAUUCCGCGGAUACCUAAUGUGAAGAAUAAAAUAGCCCCAAUUGCAGAUGCUAUAGCCGAGUUGGCACGAAAAACAGCCAAUUUUGUACCUUGUGAGAUGUAUAAAGCUCGUGACCAGAAUGAGGAAAUGGUAAUUUUAUACACUUUCCUAACUAAAGGCAUCGAUGCAGAAGACAUUAACUUCAUAAAAAUGAGCUACUCGGACCAUUUGCAAAAGGAGCCAUACGCUAUGUUUUUAAACAACACCCAUUGGGUGGAUCACUGUACAACCGACCGAGCUUUUUGGCCUCCACCACAAAAAAAACGUAGGAAAGAUGACGAACUAUUGCGCCAUAAAACUGGAUGUGCUCGAACUGAAGGUUUUUACAAAUUAGAUUUACGAGAAAAGGCUAAACACAAAUACCAUUAUGCUAAAGCCAAUACAGAAGAUUCCCAUAACGAAGACCGUAGCGAUGAACCUACAGCACCACCAUAA